AGGGAAAGGGAAGACACCACCGGAAGCAAGGAAGGUGCUGUGUAAUCACUAAGGAGCUGAGGCACUUGGAUCUACUAAAAAUGCCGGAUUACCUCGGUGCCGAUCAGCGGAAAACCAAAGAGGAUGAGAAGGACGACAAGCCCAUCCGAGCUCUGGAUGAGGGAGAUAUUGCCUUGCUGAAAACUUAUGGUCAGAGCACUUACUCUAGGCAGAUCAAGCAGGUUGAGGAUGACAUUCAACAACUUCUCAAGAAAAUUAAUGAGCUCACUGGUAUUAAAGAGUCUGACACUGGCCUGGCCCCACCAGCACUCUGGGAUUUGGCUGCAGAUAAGCAAACACUCCAGAGUGAACAACCUUUGCAGGUUGCAAGGUGUACAAAGAUAAUCAAUGCUGAUUCGGAGGACCCAAAAUACAUUAUCAACGUAAAGCAGUUUGCCAAGUUUGUGGUGGACCUUAGUGAUCAGGUGGCACCUACUGACAUUGAAGAAGGGAUGAGAGUUGGGUAAGAUAUCUAUUUACCAUAAAUACUUUUCUUCCAUUAAAGAUAUCGUGUCACCUUCAUGUCCUUGUUGUGAGUGAAUGAGCUGAAUACCUUGGAACAC